ACUUAAACAAAAAGGAAUGGCGUUGGGAAUUUGCAAAUCAAUUUAAUCGCAUAAAGAAAUGGCGUUGACGAUGAAGGAUACAUUCUAUAUAUCACACGGAUCACCGAUGCUGUCGAUAGACGAGUCGCUUCCGGCGAGGCAUUUCUUGCAGUCAUGGAAGGACAAAGUGUUUUCCCUAAAACCCAAAUCCAUCCUAGUCAUUUCGGGUCAUUGGGACACUUCCUUUCCCGCCGUUAACAUUGUUCAACGCAAUGAUACAAUCUAUGACUUCUAUGGUUUCCCCGACCCUAUGUACAAGCUGAAAUACCCAGCAUCAGGCGCGCCGGAGUUGGCACUAAGAGUGAAGGAAUUGCUGAUGGCAUCUGGUUUCAAGCGUGUUGAUGAAGAUAGGGAACGUGGGCUGGACCAUGGUGCUUGGGUUCCACUCAUGCUCAUGUAUCCAGAGGCCGAUAUUCCGGUCUGUCAACUCUCUGUUCAGUCGGAAAGGGAUGGUAAUUACCAUUACAACUUGGGAAAGGCUUUGGCCCCUCUGAAGGAUGAAGGUGUUCUUAUCAUGGGUUCCGGUGCCACCACUCACAACUUGAGGACCCUUUCGAAAAACAUGGGCAGUGCCGGUGGUGUUUUUCCAUGGGCUUUGGAGUUUGAUAAUUGGGUUAAAGAUGCUCUCCUUCAAGGAAGGUACGAAGAUGUGAACCAUUUUCAAGAGAAAGCACCGUAUGCGAAGAUGGCCCACCCUUGGCCGGACCACUUCUACCCUUUGCAUGUAGCUAUGGGUGCUGCUGGUGAAAAUGCAAAGGCGAAACUUAUCCACCAAAGCUGGGAACUUGGUUCCCUUUCCUAUUCUUCUUACCAGUUCACAUCAGCCACCUGAUGUGAAUUAAACAGUUUAUAUGCAAUACCACCUCUUAAUCCCCAUCCAUUUUAUCUCAAAUAAAUUCGACACAAUACAACAAAGACUAAAGUGCAAGCCCUUUGUUC